AUGGCACAUGCAUCAACUUUUGUCUUGACAAUAACAAGUGUUAUUCUUACUUUGCUUACAGUUGGAAAUGCUUUUUUCCAGAAAAAGCAAUUUUAUCCAUCCGUUGUUUACAUUACAAAAAGUAGUCCUUCUAUGGCAGUAAUGUAUGUACAAGGAUUGGUAAUCGCAUAUAUGAUUUUUCAAAUCAUUAGAAAAUUAUUUUUUGGUGAAUUACGUGCUGCUGAAUAUGAGCAUUUAUCGGAGAGAACAUGGCAUGCAAUCAUGGAGACAUGUUUAGCAUUUACCGUAUUUCGUGAUGACUUUUCGCCUCGUUUUGUAAUGCAAUUUGUUUUUCUGCUUUUUAUUAAAUUAUUCCAUUGGCUUAGCGAAGAUCGGGUUGAUUUUAUGGAACGAAGUCCAAUUAUAACUGUAUUGUUUCAUUGCAGGAUGAUAUCAUUACUUGCCUUUUUGAGUGCUCUGGAUAGUUAUUUUAUAUCACAUGCAUAUUUCACAACACUUGUUCGUGGCGCAUCUGUUCAAAUUGUAUUUGGAUUUGAGUAUGCGGUAUUAAUGACAGUUGUUCUACAUGUAACUAUUAAAUAUAUUUUGCAUAUGCAUGAUUUACGAAAUGUACAUCCAUGGGAAAAUAAAGCAGUUUAUUUGCUUUACUCGGAACUUCUUAUCAAUUGCCUACGUUGCAUUUUAUAUAUUAUUUUUGUGGCCGUAAUGAUACGUUUGCAUACUUUUCCAUUGUUUUCCAUACGUCCACUUUAUCUUACAAUUCGAGCAUUCCAUAAGGCAAUUAAUGAUGUGAUACUUUCAAGACGUGCGAUCCAUGCUAUGAAUAAUCUAUUUCCACUAGCUACCGAACAAGAUCUAUUGCAAGGAGAUAAUACAUGUAUAAUUUGCCGUGAAGAGAUGACACCAGUUAGUGGAGCCAAGAAACUACCAUGUAAUCAUAUUUUUCAUGCAAACUGUCUUCGUUCAUGGUUUCAACGACAGCAGAGUUGUCCAACUUGUCGUACUGAUAUUUUAGCACAACGGAGGACAACACCAACAACACCUGCAGCUGAAGGAGCAGCUGUACCUGCAGCUGGACCUGCUCAAGCACGACCAAAUGGAGGAAUUCAACCUGCAAAUAAUGGUGGUGAAAUUCCAAAUAUGUUUCCGUUCAUGGCUCAAUUCGCUUUUCCACAGCAUCCACAACAGCAACAACAACAGCAACCGCAAGCCGGAACAAGUACGAUUGGUCAACGGAAUGAUGAUGGUAGUAGCGUACCGCAGAUGCCACCUUCUGGUAUCGGUUCCAAUAUGCCUCAAUUUCCAGCUACACCACCAGGAUUUCCAUUUAUGGCAAUACCACCAUUUAUGGUACCUCCGGUAUUUCCAUUUCCACCGGUUCCUAGUUUUGCCGGUUUAACAGACGAAGAAGUUGCUGCAAUGGAAGGAACAGAACGAGCUGCUGUUGAAGCACGUAUCAAUUGUAUUCGUAAUAUUAGUUUAUUGUUGGAUGCAGCUACCAUGCAACUACAACAAUAUAUGAGUAUUGUACAGUCAUUGAGCAUUCCGGCUUAUACAACUGCAACAACAACAAAUGUGGAUGCAGCAACAACAGCAGCAGAAACAACAGCAACGGCAACAGAAACAACAACAUUACCUAAGACUGCAGCAAAAUCUUCGACUAUUGACGAAAAUUCCGCUCAUGGAUUAUCAUCUGAUGUGCCAGUAGCUAGUUCGAGUAAUAUUAAAAUUAAAUCAGGUAAAGAUCAACCAACAACAGCUAAUGAUAACACAACAUCAGUUUGUUCUGCAUCAACGACUGAAUUGGAUGAAAUUCGACAACGAAGGCUUCAAAAAUUUGAUCAUGAAUAA